AUGGGGCUGCUAGCUGAUAUUGUCUCUCGUUUCUGCGAGAAUUGCUCUACCCUGUCCACCACCGCGCUCAUUUCCAGCGGCAUAUCAGCUUUUAUCGUCCUCUCCAUCAUCAUCAACGUCCUCCUACAGCUUCUGUUUAAAGACCCAACAAAGCCUCCUGUGGUUUUCCACUGGGUCCCUAUCAUCGGAAGCACCAUCUCCUAUGGGAUUGACCCCUAUAAGUUCUUUGACGACUGCAAGGCGAAGUAUGGAGAUAUCUUCACAUUCAUACUCCUGGGAAAGAAGACCACCGUCUUUUUGGGUACAAAGGGCAAUGAUUUUAUCUUAAACGGGAAGCUCAAGGACGUUUGCGCCGAGGAGGUCUAUUCGCCUCUCACCACUCCAGUGUUCGGACGACACGUCGUUUAUGACUGUCCCAACUCCAAGCUUAUGGAGCAGAAGAAGUUUGUCAAGUUUGGCCUCACCUCCGAAGCACUUCGAUCUUACGUCACCCUGAUCACGAAAGAAGUCGAACAGUUCUUCGAAACAUCCCCGAUUUUCAAGGGCGACGCUGGAGUUUUCAAUGUCAGCAAGGUCAUGGCUGAAAUCACUAUCUAUACGGCCUCUCGGUCUCUACAAGGCAAGGAGGUGCGCGAAAAAUUUGACUCCAGUUUCGCGGAACUCUACUCUGAUCUUGACAUGGGAUUUGCUGCCAUCAACUUCAUGUUCCCAUGGGCUCCCUUCCCUCAUAACCGCAAGCGUGACCGUGCUCAAAGGAAGAUGGCUCAAAUCUACACCGAUAUCAUUCGUCAAAGGCGAGAGUCCGGUGGAAAGAAGGACUCUGAAGAUAUGGUGUGGAACUUAAUGUCGUCUGUAUACAAGGAUGGAACUCCAAUUCCCGAUAUCGAGGUUGCCCACAUGAUGAUUGCUCUAUUGAUGGCCGGCCAACAUUCCUCCUCUUCCACCGGAUCCUGGAUCGUCCUCCGCCUUGCCAGCCGCCCCGACAUCAUUGAGGAGCUCUACCAGGAACAGCUCCGUGUUCUAGGCAAGGAUCUUCCACCGCUCACCUACGAAUCUCUACAGAAGCUCGACCUUCACAACAACGUUAUCAAGGAGACUCUCCGCCUUCACGCUCCAAUUCACUCGAUUCUCCGUGCAGUAAAGUCACCCAUGCCUGUCGAAGGAACCAGCUAUAUCGUCCCAACCUCUCACAAUCUCCUUGCCGCUCCUGGUGUUCCGUCACGCGACCCCCAGUACUUCCCUGACCCAUUGGUCUGGAACCCACGCCGAUGGGAAAACAACGCUGGCGUCACCGUAGUGGAGAGCAGCGAAGAAAAGACAGAUUACGGAUACGGUUUGGUUAGCAAGGGUGCCAACAGUCCUUACCUCCCAUUCGGUUCCGGCAGGCAUAGAUGUAUCGGUGAACAGUUCGCAUAUGUACAGCUCGGAACAGUAACAGCUUCUCUAGUGAGAUUACUCAAGUGGAAGCAAGUUGAAGGCACCAAGCCCGAAGUGCCACCUACUGACUAUUCGUCUCUCUUCUCAAAGCCCCUUGGCAGCCCAAUGGUCGCAUGGGAGAAGCGAAAACAGCCAUCUCAGAAAUGA